UACAGACAAAGAAGCACCGUGGCUUAGUGGAAAGAGCCUGAGUUUGGGAACCACUUCUGGCCUUGGCCAUGGAAGAUGGCCAGUCAACCUGCCCAGAGGGAAACAGUGAUACAGCAAUCAAUCAAUCACUGGCCACACCGCAUCUCUUCAGGGAGAGCCCCCAGUUUUCUGUUUGCAAAUGUCGGAAUCAAUCGAUGGUAUUUAUUGAGCGCUUACUACGUGCAGAGCCCUGCACCGAGAGCUUGGGAGAGUACACUAGAUCACCGAUCCCACAACGAGCUUUCAGUCUAGAGGAGAAAUGACACCGCUUUCCGCCCCUCCCCACCAGGCCUGAUUGACCGAGCCUUCAGCAGGUUCCGGCACCGGGACGUCGUCCAUCUGUCCAGGAUGAAGGACGGGCUGAAUGUGUUGGAACUGUGGCACGGAAUCACCUACGCCUUUAAGGAUCUGGCCUUGUCUUGCACCGGCCAGUUCCUGCAGUACUUCUUGGAGAAGCGGCAGAAACACGUCACCAUCCUCGUAGGGACUUCUGGGGAUACAGGGAGUUCAGCGAUCGAGAGCGUGCGAGGGGAAAAGAACAUGGACAUCCUAGUUUUGCUUCCCAAGGGGUACUGCUCUCAGAUCCAGGAACUGCAGAUGACCACUGUGCUGGAGGACAACGUCCAUGUGUUUGUGGUGGAGGGAAACAGCGACGAGGUGGACGAGCCCAUCAGAGAGAUAUUUGCGGACGGGGACUUUGCCAGGACGCACCACCUGAUGAGCCUGAAUUCAAUCAACUGGUCGAGGAUCCUGGUGCAGAUGGGGCACUACUUCUACGCCUACUUUCGGUGCCUGCCGUCCCCGGGUGCCACCCGCCCCUGGCCUCCGGUGGAAAUCGUCGUGCCCACGGGAGCCGCUGGCAACCUCACAGCCGGGUGCAUUGCCCAGAGGAUGGGCCUGCCACUCCGCCUGGUUGCGGUGGUGAACAGCAACGACAUCGUUCACAGGACCAUCGAGCGAGGCGAUUUCUCGCUCUUGGACAGCGCUAAGCCGACGCUGGCAUCUGCCAUGGACAUUCAGGUACCCUACAACAUGGAGAGGAUUUUCUGGUUGUUGUCAGACUCUGACAGCACUUUGAUCAACGCCAUGAUGGAGAAGUUUGACAAGACCAAGAGGGUGAAACUGCCAGAAGUCUUGCAUAGAGAGAUUUCAGGAACGAUCAGCUCGUGUUCGGUUUCCGAUGAGGAGAUCAUACGGGCCAUGCAGCGCUGCUGGGAGGAGAACCGCUACCUGCUGUGUCCUCACUCCGCGGUGGCCGUUUUUUACCACUACAAACGAUCUGAUGCACAGCAGCCCAGCAUUCCCAGGUGUUGCUUGGCCCCCGCCUCUGCAGUCAAGUUCCAGGAUGCCGUCCUCAGGGCCGAGCUCCUUCCCGAGAUCCCUCCGGAGAUCAAAGCCUUGGAGAGCAUGGAGACCCGGGCUACCAUUCUGCAGAGGGGGGAUAACUGGACCCAAAUAUUGCGCGAUGCGAUAGAGGCGCUGGCCCGGCGCAGAGAACGGACAUCCCGUCCUGUGGCCGACGGGAGUCAUCAGGAGUAACAGUCCAGAAAUGCGAUUCGGUUUUCCCUGGUGUUCCUUACUUGCCCUGGGAUCCCAGUGGAGCAUUCCCAUUUGAGGUUGGGUGGUCCCCCGUCUGGGAAGUCUAGACCACGAGAAGCAGUGGGGCCUAGUGGAUAGAGCACAGACCUGGGAAUCAGAAGAACCUGGAUUCUAACCCCAUCUC